AUGGAGAAUCUAGCUGUGCUGAAUCUCGCCAACCUUGGUAUUCGUGAACUGGAACAGGAGUGCUUCAGUGGACUGGAGAAUUUAGUACAUUUAGAUCUACGCAAGAACUUUUUGAAGAAAAUUCCAAAGCGUGUGUUCAGAAAUAUGAGAAAUCUGCAUACUUUGCUGCUUGCGGGCAAUGAUAUAUUCGAGGCAUAUCCUGGGUCGUUUGAUGGACUUUUAAACUUGCCAUCACUCGAUCUGUCAAAUAUGGCUUUUACAACCAUAGUUGAAGAUAUGUUUUAUGGGCUCUCCAGUCUUAUGUUCCUGAAUCUUUCACAUAACAAACUCACCUCGAUAGAAGAUAGGAGCUUCACCGGGGCCGGCAAAGUCCAAACGCUUGAUCUCACAAAAAAUGACAUAGCUGAAUUCACGGGAGACAUAUUUUCCGGUCUUGGAGAGCUGGCCUACCUUCACAAUGAUAAGUACGUAUUCUGCUGCUUCAGACCUCACACUGUUCCAGAAGAACAGUGUCUCCCUGCAGCUGACGAGUUCUCUUCCUGUUCAGACCUAAUGAGGAAUGCAGCACUGAGGAUCUCAAUGUGGGUCCUAGGCUUCACUGCUCUUGUUGGUAACCUUAUGGUGAUUUUGUCUCGAUGCAUCUAUGACAGACAAAGUUUGAAACGCAGCAAUGACUUUUUUGUUGCUAACCUCGCUAUUUCUGACUUUGUGAUGGGAAUAUACAUGAUCAUCAUAGCAAGUGCUGACACCUUCUACAGAGGAGUAUACAGCUGGAACGAUGAGGCCUGGAGAAGCAGCUGGGUGUGUCAGCUGGCAGGUGUCCUAGCAACCCUGUCAAGUGAGACAUCCGUCAUGUUCCUCUGUAUGAUCACGGCAGACAGAGUCCUGGUCAUCAAGUUUCCUUUCAAAGAUUUCAAUAUCUUCAAACGAUAUUCCAAGUACAUCAGUCUCUCGGUAUGGAUUCUAGGUUUGCUGAUGGCAGGGAUGCCACUUUUGCCCAUAGAUUAUUUUUCAAGUUCGUUCUACUCUCGAUCAGGAGUCUGUCUAGCUCUACCGCUGACCAGAAACAGGCCGCCAGGAUGGGAGUAUUCCACCACCAUCUUUGUCAUCUGGAACUUUAUCUGUUUUGUCUUCAUCGCUUUUGGUCAGGCUGUUAUCUACCAGGCUGUGAGAGCAAGUCAGAAGCUGAGAAAGGGACGCACGACCAACGAUAUGGCCAUUGCUAGGAAGCUGUCCUUCAUUGUUCUGACGGACUUUGUAUGCUGGUUCCCUAUCUGUGUCAUGGGUCUGAUGGCUCUCCAGGGCCAUGCUAUCAACUCUGAAGUGUACGCCUGGGUUGCGGUGUUUGUUCUGCCGAUCAACUCCGCUCUCAAUCCCAUCAUCUACACUCUGUCAUCAGUUGACACCAUGAGAAAACGAAAGCUGAACAGAGAAAAGACGUUCUCAAGUACUACUCGGUCAACUGUGAGGACAGGGUCGUCUAUCCCUCAGAUUUUGCGAAAAGAACUCCUCUUCUUGAGCCAGCCCCCAAAUUCGGUCUGUCUGUCCACUUACAUCGGGUCACUGAUGUCCGCCAGGCAAAUGCUGACCAUUGCUUAUCAGUUAGCAGGCUCUAUCGACCUUCUUCACUCCAAUGGGCUGGUCAAUGGUUUGGUGGAGACAGACAGUGUAUACGUCGUCCUUGAUCAGGGGAUUAUCAAAAGGGUGACUGCAGCAUGUGUGCCCAUGGCAACAGAAAUCGAAGAGGACUUCAGUAAGGAUAUCAGGGACUUUGGUCUUCUCGUGUCCAAGAUGUUGAAAGCCUAUACAGUUGCUAAGAAACAACAUCUGGCAAAGAUGGUCAACCAGUGA